GUGAACUUUUGAAGAAACAUAAAAGCUUUUACAUUAUCAUACACAGGGAACUGAAAAAUCCUUCUCCACGCAUCCUAUACAAAUGAACUUUUCCUAGGGUUUCCAUUCCCUUCCCAGCAGCAGCACAUUUGGUUUGGAAAAUGUCCCCAACUCUCUGGCUGCUUGUGAAAGUAUUCAACUUUAAUUAUCACCAAAAUAACAAAGUAUAUUAUUUUUAAAUUAUAAAAAUAUAACUCAUAAAGAUGGUCCUUCCGAUUAUUAUAGAAGAAAAGGAAUGCGAUUAUACCGGUGGGAGAGAGAGAGAGAGAGAGAAAGAGAGAGAGAGAGAGAGAGAGAGAGAGAGUGUGUGUGUGUGUGUGUGUGUGUGUGUGUGUGUGUGUGAAUAGUGAUCCUUUGAGCAACAAUGGAGUCCAAGGGGCUUUCACGCAAUAACAGAGAAAACAAGGCUAAGCCGAAGCGCAAAGAGAUAAUUGAGAAGAGGAAGGCUAUGGAUGCACUGAUAAAAGUAGCUUCUGCCGAAAAGGACUAUCUUUCUGCUUUCCCUGCCUUUCGCCAUUACCAAAUAAGCGGCCUAUCUGCAUUCUUGGAAUCAGGAAGGGGGGACAAGCUCUACUCUCAUGUUAAGCAAUUCAUUCAAAAUCUCCUCAAGGCCAAUAUGGAGGGGCUGUAUGGAUCUGAGUGGCCUGCGGAAGAGAAGGUGAAGCGCAGGGAGAUGGUUGCACCAGAAGCACGUUAUGUAUUUGUGCGUAACGCUUCAAAUGCAAGUUCGGUUGAAUUCUUAACAACGUCUGAACGUGAAAAGACCUCAGCUAGUUGUGUAGAAGAGAGGGGCCCCAUAGUUGGGUUUGUACAUUUUCGCUUUGUCAUAGAGGAAGAAUUGCCUGUUCUUUAUGUUUAUGAAUUGCAACUCGAGCCUCGCGUACAAGGGAAAGGUCUGGGGAAGUUCCUAAUGCAACUAAUUGAGCUAAUUGCUUGCAAGAACCACAUGGGCGCUGUCGUUCUAACUGUUCAAAAAGCAAACUCCGCAGCUUUGAAUUUCUAUUUAUGCAAGAUGAGAUAUGUUACAUCGACUAUAUCACCAUCAAGAGUUGAUCCAUUGAUAGGAGUUGAGAAGAGUUAUGAAAUUCUUUGCAAAACAUUUAGUAAUGAGGCUAAAGCUAUCUUGGAGGAACCACUUGAGCUGGUUCAUUCGGUUUAACAAGAUAGUAAACUGGGCGCUCUUCAGUAGAUAUGUGCUGUCACAAAAAGGCAGAGCUAUUGAGGUACUGGAUGAUGUAGUUACAGGAGAAUGCAUUACUUACAAUGAUUUAGCUGCAGCACUACGUUCAGUAUUAUUACUCUUGAACUCACAGAAUCACUAGCAUACAUUUUUUUUUCGCUCAGCUGUACAAAAUCAGCAGCAAAUAGUACUAUGUAAAAAGAAACUACUUCCUUUGGUAGAUAUUAUUUUGGAUCUUCUUGUGAUCAAA